AUGACACAACAUCCAACUCUCAAGGCAACCUAUGCCUCUAGAGGCCAGUCGGCUACUCAUCCCCUCAACGCCUAUCUUUUUAAGCUCAUGGAUCUGAAAGCCUCCAACCUCUGCCUGAGUGCUGAUGUCACGACUGCCCGAGAGUUGCUCUAUUUUGCCGAAAAGAUUGGCCCGUCCAUUGUGGUUCUCAAGACACAUUAUGACAUGGUCUCUGGCUGGGACUUCCACCCUCAGACGGGCACUGGCGCUAAGUUGGCUUCUCUGGCCCGUCGUCACGGAUUCUUGAUUUUUGAAGACCGCAAGUUUGGCGACAUUGGGAAUACUGUGGAGAUGCAGUACAUUGGCGGCUCAGCCCGAAUCAUUGAGUGGGCGCACAUUGUUAAUGUCAACAUGGUACCUGGCAAGGCCUCGGUAGCAUCACUAUCGAACGCUGCCACUCGUUGGUUCGAAAGAUAUCCCUAUGAAGUCAGGACAUCUGUUUCUGUGGGCACUCCGACUGCAGAGGAGUUUGAAGACAACGACACAGGCUCCAGUGGCCGCGGUGACGGCAACGGCGGGUCGCCCAGGCGGACAGACGAUGGUCGAAAGGGAAGCAUUGUCUCAGUGACUACGGUUACGCAACAAUACGAGCCCGUAAACUCGCCUCGGCUGACAAAAUCCAUGGCUGGUGGCGACGAGGUGUUGUUUGCCGGAAUCGAGGAGGCCCCCAUGACUCGCGGCCUACUCAUUCUGGCACAAAUGUCUUCAGCCGGCAACUUUAUGAACAAGGAGUACACACAAGCUUGCGUGGAAGCCGCGAGGGAACAUAAAGACUUUGUUAUGGGAUUUGUUUCUCAGGAGGCGCUCAACACGCAACCCGACGACCAGUUCAUCCACAUGACGCCAGGAUGCCAGCUUCCGCCCGAAGACGAGGACCAGAACGGCACAGUCCAAGGCGACGGCAAGGGCCAGCAGUACAACACACCACAAAAGAUAAUUGGUAUCGCUGGGGCAGAUAUUGUUAUCGUUGGUCGCGGUAUUUUGAAGGCAGGCGAUCCUGAAGGCGAGGCAGAGCGAUAUCGCUCGGCAGCCUGGAAAGCAUACACGGAAAGAGUUCGUUAA